AUGGUCAAGGCUGUUGUUCUCGGAGCCUCUGGCGGCAUUGGCCAGGCGUGCCCUCUUGUCGAUGAGCUUGCUCUGUACGAUGUUGUGAACACCCCCGGUGUCACUGCCGAUCUCUCUCACAUCUCCUCCGUUGCCAAAAUCACCGGCUACCUCCCCAAGGACGAUGGCCUCAAGCACGCCCUGACCGGUGCUGACGUCGUUGUCAUCCCCGCCGGUAUUCCCCGCAAGCCCGGUAUGACCCGUGAUGACCUCUUCAAGAUCAACGCCGGUAUCGUCCGCGAUCUCGUCAAGGGUAUCGCCGAGUUCAGCCCCAAGGCCUUCACCCUGGUCAUCUCCAACCCCGUCAACUCCACCGUCCCCAUUGCCGCCGAGGUCCUCAAGGCCGCCGGUGUCUUCGACCCCAAGCGCCUGUUCGGCGUUACCACCCUAGACGUUGUCCGCGCCGAGACCUUCACCCAGGAGUUCUCCGGUCUGCAGGACCCCUCCAAGGCCACCGUCCCCGUCAUCGGUGGUCACUCCGGCGAGACCAUUGUUCCUCUGUUCAGCAAGGUCGCUCCUGGCUUCAAGAUCCCCGCUGACCGCUACGAUGCUCUGAUCAACCGUGUCCAAUUCGGUGGUGACGAGGUUGUCAAGGCUAAGGAUGGUGCUGGUUCCGCUACUCUGUCCAUGGCCUUUGCUGGUUUCCGCUUCACCGAGGCCAUUAUCAAGGCCGCCAAGGGCGAGAAGGGCAUUGUCGAGCCUACUUUCGUCUACCUGCCCGGUGUCGAGGGUGGUGCUGAGAUCGCCAAGGCCACCGGUGUCGACUUCUUCUCUACUCCCGUCGAGCUCGGCCCCAACGGUGCCGAGAAGGCCAUCAACAUCCUCGAUGGCAUCACCGAGCAGGAGAAGAAGCUCCUGGCAGCUUGCGUCACUGGUCUUAAGGGCAACAUCGAGAAGGGUGUUGAGUUCGUCAAGAACCCUCCCCCAAAGUAA